CAGGCUUCUGCUGUAGCACUGCACUCCCGAAACACCGGGUUGAGUAGGGGUUUGGAUGGAGGGACUUGGAUGCAGGAUUUCUUCUCCGCAGCUAGCGGGGCCCCUCCGGAGGAGGCAUGGUCUCCCCUCCCCCCCAGCUGGAUUAAGGCUUGUGAGAACUGUGGGUUUAUCCUGCAGCUGGGGCUGCCAGUCUUUUGUCACCAGGACUGGCAGGCUUACGCGUGGUGGGGGCUCCUGAUUGGGGAUUUCAGAUUUGCUUCCGCCCGUCCUUGCCAGGGUCUUUCUAUUUUCCUAUCCUCUUUCAUCUGUCUUGCCACCUCUCUCUGAUGCUUCGCCUUUCUUUCUGUCCUGGGAAUAUGGUCUGUCUUUUGUUACCCUGACUCUUCUAUCCCGGAGUUGCAUGGAGGAAGCGUCCAACCCGCCAUCUUACCCCCAGAAAGCAAACAUUUUCCCCUUCUGAUAGAGUGGGGAAAGGGGGUUUGUGGAGAGGGGAGAGGAGGACACUACGAAGAGGACGAGGUAGUAUCAGUGAGACAUCCAAGUUGCUGCUGGAGAGGUGUUUUCCACAUCCUUCAGUUUUCAGAUGCGACUCCCCUAAUUAGAUUGCACGAAAAAGGAGAAAGCUGACUGAGCAGCAACAUGACAUCCUUGGCUGUCUUCUUCCUGACUUCGGAAACAAUGUGACCAGAUGCUUCAGGCUCCCGCUGCCUUGACUGCCCUGCAUGGUGGACUGUGCCCUGGAACUGUGAGCCUAAAUCAACUCUUCCUUUUUUAAGCUGCCUUCUUCAUCGGGUAUUUGAUCACACCCAGAAAACUUAUUGGGCCGCUCGCCCGCCUCGUGGGAUCCAGGUGACCGCAGUAUGGAUCUAAGCUGCACUCUUGGCCUACUGGAAAAAGAAGCCCGGAGAAGGAGAAUCAUUCUGGACCAGAAUCAAAAGAACACUCUUCGUGCGUGGUUUGAAAAGAAUCCCAAUCCAGAUUUAGCUACAAGGGGACAUCUGGCUAAGGAGUUGGGCAUCUCAGAGUCUCAAAUUAUGACUUGGUUUCAAAAGCACAGAAAAAUACGGAAACAAGCAGAGUUUGAAUGUUGCCUUGAAGAAAGCCAAACCCAGGGACAGGAUAAACCAAGAGUUAAAGAAGCCGGAAGGAGUAGGACACACUUCACAAAAUCGCAGAUUGAUAUUCUAAUAGAAGCUUUCGAGAAGAAUCGGUUCCCAGGGAUUGCUACCAGGGAAAAACUGUCUCAACAAACAGGCAUCCCAGAAUCCAGAAUUCAUAUAUGGUUUCAGAACCGGAGAGCUCGGCACCCAGACCCCAAACAGGGCACUCAGACAACUGCUCAGCUGCCUCAGAACAGCCAGUGCCCUGCCCUGAAGGCUACUAUUGGUCGACCUGCUCCUUCCAAAACUCUGACCGGCAGCUUGUCAGUUACACCGGCUCUUUCUCCACCCCACACAUCACCUGGUCCUUUGGAUCUCUCUAUAGGCCAUCAGAAGCAGCUGUCAAGGACCACAGCACCCCAGCCCUCCCAGGUUGUACAGGGGAGGGGUGAUGGUCCGAAUUUGUCGGUGUACACUGGACACUUAUCACCGGUAAUAACUCCAGGAGAGGAGGGCUUCCGCACUCGAGCUCCUUUAAGGACCCGAAUCCAAGAAAGACGGCAAGAUCCCAGGGAGAACAGUGGUUUGGCUGAACCGCCAUUAGGCGAUUCUACUCAGGCUCCAGUUGUCAAUCACUGCUUUUGGGAUCUGGACCAGAGAGACCUUGGCUUUCUGCAAAACUGGGAUGAAUGGUUCCAGUCGAUGCUUGCUGAAUGGAUACCUGCCAAAGAAUACUGGCCUGGUAAAUCUGAGCCGCAUCUGUGGCAGGUGCAGCUUCAGCAGCCUGCCGGCGUCUCGCAUGUAUCAGACAACACUCUACAGCAGUAGUUUAAGUCUCAGGCCUGUUCUGUUGAUUCCCACGGAACGCGGGUUUUCAGGAAAGGGCCCCCGUCUUUCUGCGUCCAGGCCCACGUGUGGAUGACUGUGCGAGGCUUGGAGAGAUUCUCAGAAGAUUUUCAGGUUUUCUCUCACAGAGGGAGAAGUUCGUCACUCAGAUCCAGGAGACUGCCAGAGAUCCUCAUCCAGGACAUCUGUCCUUGGGUGUGAAAUCAGAGUGAAGAGUAGGCAUCCUGAAUUAUGGGACUAGUUCAAGUCCGUAGACAGCACAGGCUGCUUGGACACACAAAAGAAGCAGUUAUUUUUUAUGUCUAAUUUAUUCUUGAGAUCUGGUCUCACUUUUAUUCAGGCUGGGCCUUGAGCUCCCAUACUCAGGCCAGUCUCCUACCUCUGCCUCCGGAAUAGCUCUGGCACAACAGGUACAUGUCUCCAUGUUCAGCUUGGUUUUAGUUUUAAUUAUGGUUUUAAAAAGUCUGUUUAAGAAAACUCUUUCAUUUAUUAUCUGCUGAGUUUUAAAUCUGAAGUGUCCUCCAGGAGCUCAUACUCUAUAGAUGCUUGCCUCUCGGCUUAUGGUGCUAUUUUGAGUCUGUGGAGUUUUUAGGAGGUGGCUUCUGGCCAGAGACGUAGGUCAGGGGUGGGUCUUUGGAGGUUACCCUCGCCAUGGGAACAUUUAUCGUGUGGCCCUGAUGCAUAGACCAACUCACUUCACCCUGCCUUUCUGUGACAAGGGGCUAAAAUAUUUUGAAAAGAACCCAAAUAAAUCAUUCUUCUCAAGA